GCAACACCGACGGGUUGCGGCGAGUGCGAGCGCGAGGUGCCCGGACUAGCCAAACCCUCCCGCCUUGCGCGCGAGGGAGGAACCGCCGGCGGGGGUGGAUAUGGUGCUGGACGAGCCCCUCGACUUCGAGAAGGAGGAUCCCCUCCUCGCCACCACGCGCCCCGCCAAGAGGAAGAAGGCUAUUGGGUUGGAUGAUCUUUUAGUAGAUUUCUUUGCAACUGGCAAGGAUGAGCUUAAAGCUGCAGGUGUUAAGUCCAAACAUGGAACCAAAGGAUAUAAUUCAGAUGAUGAAGACAAUAAAGUGACCGAGAAGGAGAUUAAGUUUUGCAAAUUUGUUGAGGAGUAUGAGGAGCAGUCAAAAGAGAUGGAUGCUGGUGAUGAUGUGCCCCAAUGGGGUCAGAGAAUUUUCAGUUAUCAGAAAUCCCCUCCCGUUCUUAGUGCCACAGAAGUUGAAAAAUGUCAACUUCUACAAUCAUUUUCUUCCGAUGAUCAUUUAGGCUUUGAUCUAAACAUUGAACAAGGAGAAGGGUUUCUAGAAGGCUUGUUGGUGGAUGGAUGGCUUUUUAAGUUGGUCCUCUUACACAGCUCUGUUGAAGACUCUAUAGCAUUGUGGAUACUAACCAAGUUGUUGUACUCAUCAAAUGAGAAGCUGCGAGUUGCUGCAUCUGACUUUUGGGACAGUAUUCUUUCCCUAAAUGAGGCUGAUAAACUAUUGGUCGACAUUGGACAUUUUCCAAGCUACUCAGUUCUAAAGAGUGCUGUAAUCACCUAUGGAUUUAUAUUUGAUAACCAGACUAAAGUUUCCACCUCUGAAGAUGUGAUUGCAGAUGAUGGCCCACCUCAAAACAUCAUUGAAUGGUUAAAGAUUAUAUCUGCUUGCUGCAAAAUCAGAAAAGUGCAUUCUAUCUUCUCAUCUUCUGAGGCAGAAGAACUCCUUGUUAUUGUUAUUUCCUUCCUCUUGGACCGACGACUUGAAGGCCUGCUGCUUACUGUGGGAGACUGUCUAAGUUCACUUAUCUUGUACUUCGAUACAAAUGAAUGGGAACAUAGCUGUGUAACUGUGGCUCAGUCCAUUGCUCAAAGAGUCACAUUGGACCUUAAUUGUUUAAGGAUUGUUGACUGCAUUACUGGGACUAAUUGCCGUAGCAAAUUUUUAAGGAGCCAGCUGGCCCUACAAUUCCUGAAGAUUAGCUUUGGCCUUAAGGUGGCAAAUGUGGAGAAGAUUUUGAAGUCAGUCACGUCCAUAAAUGUGAAGGAUAAAGAAUGCAACUUUUUCAGUCUGUACUUAUACCUAGUUUUGAUGGAUAACUUACUCUUCUCAAGUGACGCCUUCAGAGAUAAGCAUACCAUCAUUAAUUCUUGGCGUAAUUUUCUGCGGAAUUGUUCAACCCAAAUAGGAUGCACAGACUGGAGAUUAUAUGCUUCAAAGGUCCGGAACAAGGCCUCUUAUCUCCUGCAAGGUGCAAUAUUAAAAAGAUUUUCUGGCAGCGUUAGCCUACCCAUUCAGUAAUCUGAACUUCUUGAGAUGAUGCUGCUGACAGUAUCUAUACUUAAACUACUAGCCCUAAAAAAAUGCAUGGCAGAUUGGCAGGGCAAACUUUCAGGUGCCACCUUUAGGAGAUUGUAGGCCAUCUUUUGUAGACCGGGCAAAAUGCCGGCAACUUUGUUUACGGUAUCAUGGCUGACAGCACAUUUGGCCCAUGUAUAGCUAGUUACAAUGUGAAGCCUGUCAAGAUUUUGAGACACUUGAAGCUGAUUACCCUCUCCGGUGAGGAUUUACCA